AAUAAUUGUUUUUGCAAACAUAUAGGCCUCUAAUUUUGGCCCUUAAAUUUGUUUGAAGCAGUAAAUUACUCUAAUUAUUAUUAUUGUCAUUAUUAUUAUUAGUAUUAUUAUUUUUAUUCAUUAAAGCAGGUAUAGUUUUUAAUUCUAUUUUAAUAUUGUAAAUUAAUAUUUUUCCUAAUUGGAAGUGGUUAAAGAAAUCGUCAACUUUAAAAUGAAUUAAGUGACAGUUAAUAAUAUAUUUUCUUAAAUUAUAAUUGAAUAGAUAAUUAUGGAUUAAAAUUAUUUUUAUUUCUCUAGUGCCAGCGAUAUAAUUAAAUCUCUUCCAUUACAUUUUUUCGGUAAAACAAUUUCCUCCAUUACUUCUUACCUCAAAUAAACAAUGUAAAGCCAAAAGAAGUUAAUGUUAGAAUAAAUAAAAUCAAAUAAAAACAAAAAAAUAACAGAACAUGUAUAUAUUAUUCUUUUUACAAAUAGUUCAAGUGUGAAUGAUGAAUCAAAACAUCUAUGCACCUAACAGUAGUAUGCAUAAACUCUGAUUCAUAAGCGAAAUAAUUUCCUUAAUACUUUUUAUAACCAUAUGUCGACAGAAUUUUUUUUAAAAAAAUAUGUAAUAUUUUGUUGUUAUGAUGUUUUGUAAUUCAAUUGUUUUGUAACAAUAUGUAAAAUUAUAUUGAUAUCAUUUUGUUUUGACAUGUUCCUCUUUAAAGAAAGAAAUGAAUAGCUGACAAUUACAGAUGGCUUUUACUAACACCUGAAUACUUCACCUGAAACUUUCCAAUCCAUCUCUUUCACAUCUUAUCACCAUUGCUUCACCUCCGAUUCCUAAUCUUGAGAUUCUAUCUCUUCUUCUCUCUCUUAGACAAACCAACAAGACUUGUAUUUCUUACCUUCGUGGGUUUAUAUAUUUUUCAAAUCUUGAGAUGUCUUACAGUGAUCCAAACCAAAACCCAAUUCCAGAAACGACUAAUGACACGAACUCGACUGAAGCCGUGCAACAAUUCAAACUGUACCACGCUCUCAUCUUCUCCAUUCCCAUUUGUUUCACAUUUAUCGUCCUCUUUGUCUUCUACGUCAUUUAUCUACGUCGACGAAGCAGCAGCGUCGACUGGUCUUCUCUUGGAAUGCGUGGCGGUGGUAGCUUUGUUUCCACCAACAAUCUCUCAAAGGCUGAAUUAGGGCUGAGCAAAGAAUUGAGAGAGAUGCUUCCCAUUGUCAUCUUCAAAGAGAGUUACUCAAUCAAUGACUCACAAUGUUCAGUGUGUCUUGGGGACUACCAGGCAAAUGAGAAGCUUCAACAAAUUCCACCAUGUGGGCACACUUUUCACAUGGACUGUAUUGAUCUUUGGCUCACUUUGCACACAACUUGCCCUCUUUGCCGUCUCUCUCUUAUCCCAAAAUCUUCUCUAGACAGGUCCCAGCAGAACCUAGAGACUGUCUCCUCCAUCAGUAACUCUGAUGGAGGAGGAGCUUCAGCUCAACCAGAGUCCCAGUUAGUAGGCGAAAUAGUAAGUCACAUCGAUGAUGGCCAAGAAGGUGACAACGAUUGUACAUAGGUUUCCGCAGAAGCAGAAGAGAAUGACCAAACCAGCACAGGGAGAUCUGAUGCUUGUUGUAACUGCAUACUUGGUUUAAAAGCACAAAAACGUUGCCUUUUGAUUAUGUUUUGGUACAUUAUAAACGGGACUAUAUGUUGUUUUUCUUGAAUCUGUGACUUGUAACCUCGU